AUGCCUGUUCAUAUGCGAGCAUUAGCGAUCCUCGCGACUGACCACCUGACAAAACUCUGCAAAAAACAGUUCAUGGACGGCAAAAGCACAGCAGGCUUGUGCAUGCAGCGAAACAAGUGCACGGAGAUCAUUGUGAACCUGUUCUCUCCGCACUUUGUAGAGCUCUUGGUGGCCGACAUUGGGGACUCGAAAUACAGCCCGAUCAGCGAUGAGGCUACAGAUGUUUUCACUACCAAGUUGCUGGGUGUAGUGGUGCGGUACUUUAGUGCUGCACAGAAGAGCAUUGUGAGAAUAUUCAUGGCGUUAAACAAACUGGACGAUGGCACGGCUGUGGCUAUCAUCAGGCGUUGA